GGCCAAAUCUUUCAUUCAUCGCCAUCUCCCUCUUAUCCAGUUCAUAGAUUUUUUUGUUUUCUCUUCUUAUUCUGUCAUCAUGUCUGACGAUGAGCAACACAACCAGCAGUUCGAGCAGGCUAGCGCAGGUGCCUCGCUCACUUUCCCUAUGCAAUGUUCUGCGCUUCGCAAAAACGGUCACGUUGUCAUAAAAGGUCGUCCCUGCAAGAUCGUUGAGAUGUCUACCUCUAAGACCGGGAAACACGGUCACGCGAAGGUCCAUCUCGUCGGUGUUGACAUCUUCACUGACAAAAAGAUGGAAGAUAUUUCCCCUUCUACCCACAACAUGGAUGUUCCCAACGUGAAUCGUACUGAGUAUCAGCUUAUUGGUGUCGACGACGGCUUCCUUAAUCUUAUGAACACUGAUGGAGGUACUAAGGAUGAUGUUAAGCUUCCUGACGGCAAGCUUGGUGAGGACAUCUUAUCUAGCUAUGAAGUCGCGGAGGUCGUCAUGGUCACAGUCACUGCUGCGAUGGGCGAGGAGCAAGUUACAUCUUUCAAAGUCUCCAAUCAGUAAACGUAUGUCUUUUUCUUUGACCAUCUCUCUAUGGGCGAUUUUCACACAACUUGUUGUCAAGAUCUUUCACUUCUGAUUGUCGUACACGUCCUGUCAUUUUUCUGUCACGUCAGCUAUUCUCACUUUCAGUCAAUAUCUGCGCAUGUACUUUCAUCAAGGCAUUGUACUGAGUGUACAUCAGUAUGACUAGGUUCCGGUAUUGGAAUAAAGAAUUAUGUAUUUCAUGUUGUAGACAGGAGGCAUUUAUGGAGGAGAUCCCAGUCUCCCAUUUGUUCCGAGUC